AUGUCGCUCAAGCUUCCCAAUGCCCCAGGCACAGGUCUCUUCAAGCAGGGUUACCAAACCUAUGCAUCUGAAGAUGGCGCUGUGUCUAGAAACAUCCAGGCUGUGCGUGAAAUCACAAACAUGGUCCGCACCUCUGUGGGACCCUCAGGCCAUAAUAAGAUUGUCGUGAACCACCUUGGCAAGAUCUUCAUCACUAGUGAUGCCGCUACAAUUCUCCGCGAGCUUGAGAUUGUCCAUCCUGCUGCCAAGCUCGUCGUCAUGGCCAGUCAACAACAAGAACAAGAGAUGGGUGAUUCAACCAACCUUGUGCUCAUCCUUGCUGGUGAGUUCCUUUACCAAGCUGAUAGCCUUUUAAGACUGGGUCUUCAUCCUUCUGAAAUCGUUCAAGGCUACGAGCUUGCACGCAAGUUUGCAGUUGAUCAGCUCGAGACCUUGAUUGCUGAUAACAUCACCGAUCUCACCGACCCAAAACAAGUGUCUAAGGCCGUCCAAACUACACUGGCAUCCAAGCAAUAUGGUAACGAGGAGUACCUUGCCAAGCUCGUCUCCGAGGCCAUUGUUCAUAUUAUUCCUCCCAAGAACCCCAAUCUUUUUAAUGUCGACAAUGUGCGUGUCGUCAAGAUUCUCGGUUCCAGUCUCGACAACUCCCAGGUCAUCAAGGGUAUGGUCUUUGGCCGUGAGCCCGAAGGCUCAGUUCAGCAUGUUGAAAAAACAAAGGUCGGUGUCUUCACCACCCCCUUUGACAUUUCUGCCACCGAAACAAAGGGCACCGUGCUGCUUCAUAAUGCAAAGGAGAUGCUUGACUUCACCAAGGGUGAGGAAAAGCAAAUGGAAGCCAUCGUCAAGGAGAUUGCUGACACUGGUCUACGCGUUGUUGUUGCUGGUGCCGGUGUGGGCGAGCUUGCCCUGCACUACCUCAACCUCGCUGGUAUUCUCGUUUUUAAGGUCUCAAGCAAGUUUGAUCUGCGCCGUCUGUGUCGGGUAGUUGGCGCCACUCCUCUCCCACGUCUGGGUGCCCCACUGCCUGAUGAGCUCGGUGUCAUUGAUGUGGUCGAGACAAUUGAAAUUGGUGGUGACCGUGUCACUGUUUUCCGCCAGGAAAAGGAAGCUUCACGAACAGCUACCAUUGUUCUCCGUGGUGCCACACAAAACGCUCUUGAUGACCUUGAGCGUGCCAUUGACGAUGGUGUCAGCGCCAUCAAGGCCCUGACACGUGAAGGAAAGCUGGUUGCCGGUGCCGGUGCCACCGAGACCGAGCUGGCCUCUCGCAUUGUGCAGUAUGGCGAGCGCACACCUGGUCUGCUCCAGCAUGCCAUUAAGAAGUACGGUGAAGCUUUUGAAGUGAUUCCUCGCACAUUGGCCGAGAAUGCCGGUCUGGAUGCAACUGAGGUCAUGUCUCAGCUUUACUUUGCCCAUACCUCAAAGGAAAAUGAGUCUCCGGAGACUGCAUCCACCGUUUACUACGGUGUCGACAUUGAGAAUGAUCAUGACGGUGGCGUUUUUGAUGCGCGCGAAAACGGUAUUUUUGACAUUUACGCGGCGAAAAAGUCGGCUAUUGAACUGGCCACCGAGGCUGCCAGCACGAUUCUUUCUGUUGAUCAGAUCAUCAUGGCCAAGCGUGCGGGUGGUCCUGUCAUGCCCACGCCGCAGUCCAAGGGCAACUGGGAUGACGAUGAUUAG